AUGGGUGCCCUCUUGUCUUUGCCACUUCUGGCGGUACCCAGCAUUGGUACCAUUGCUUCCUUUGCUGCCAGCUGUUGCGGCGCUGCGACCUGCUCCAUGGUCUGUAGCGCCUGCGGCAAAUGCGGCAAUAGUAUCGCAACCCGUAUCGCAUACGCGCUCCUCCUCCUCGUCAACUCGAUCAUCGCAUGGAUAAUGCUCACGCCUUGGGCCAUCAAGAAACUCCAGAAACUUACCCUCGACUACGUUACGAUUAAUUGUCCGACUGGUGAAUGUCAUGGCUGGUUCGCGGUUCACCGAAUUAAUUUUGCGCUUGGUCUCUUCCAUCUCAUCCUUGCUGGUUUACUAUUUGGUGUCGCAACUUCGAAAAACCCCCGUGCAGCUAUUCAGAACGGCUACUGGGGCCCCAAGGUUAUCGCAUGGCUCGCCUUUGUUGUUCUCUCCUUUUUGAUCCCUGACAGCUUCUUCUUGUUUUGGGGCAAUUACAUUGCUUUCGCCGCAGCCAUGCUGUUCCUUUUACUCGGACUCAUCUUGCUUGUUGACCUAGCUCACAACUGGGCUGAGUAUUGCUUGGCUCAGAUCGAGGAUACUGACUCAAGAGUUUGGCGAUUCGUUCUGAUUGGCUCUACUCUCGGCAUGUAUAUCGGAUCGCUUGCCAUGACUAUUGUGCAGUACAUAUUCUUUGCUCGCGGUUCAUGCUCUAUGAACCAGGCUGUGAUCACCAUCAAUCUGAUUCUAUGGCUCGGAAUCUCGGUCAUUUCCGUCAAUCCUACUGUUCAAGAGUUCAAUCCCAAGGCGGGACUUGCUCAAGCUGCUAUGGUUGCCGUCUACUGCACAUACUUGACUAUGUCAGCUGUGUCAAUGGAGCCGAACAACGAGUGCAACCCUCUUAUUCAGGGACAGGGAACACGAGCAACCUCUAUUGUUAUUGGUGCCAUUGUCACUCUACUCACUAUUGCUUACACUACCACACGAGCCGCAACCCAGAGUCUCGGACUUGGCAACUCGAAUGGAAUACAGUUGCCCGACGACGAUGAGCACGGACUUGUGACCCAACAGCCCAGUGCUCGUCGGGAAAUGCGAGCUGAGGCUUUGCGUCGAGCUGUCGAAGAAGGCAGCCUCCCAGCUGACGCCCUGCUGUCCGAUGACGAAAGUGAUGCUGGGGACGCUCCUGCAGGAGAUGACGAGCGAAACAGGACCCAGUACAGUUACUCAGUGUUCCACAUCAUCUUCUUCUUGGCCACUGCCUGGGUGGCUACUCUACUCACCAUGAACUUUGACGAAUCUACCAAGGAUGGUGACUUUGCGACCGUUGGCCGUACUUACGCUGCGAGCUGGGUCAAGAUUGUUAGUGCCUGGGUUUGCUACGGCAUGUAUACGUGGACUUUGGUGGCGCCUGUUGUCCUUCCCGACCGUUUUGACUUUUCUUGA